CAUAUCAGAAUUUUUUUACAUCGAAGGAGCAAGAUUCCUUCGUUGGAUUAUCGCUUAAAUCCCGUUCUUCGUUUGAUUCUUUCUUCCAUCUUCUUUGACCAUGGUUUGCUUGGUUUCUCGCACGGGAAGGCACCUGCAGCGAUACGAUAGCCUCGGCCGCCGCCAAGUUGUCGGGUGCAUCCCGUACAGAUACAAAGUUAACACUGAUGGAACUUUGAGCAAUGAUUUGGAGAUUCUUGUAAUCUCCUCACAAAAAUGCCAGAAAAUGAUGUUCCCUAAGGGUGGUUGGGAACUUGAUGAAUCUAGAGAAGAAGCUGCUUUAAGAGAGUCAAUCGAAGAAGCCGGUGUUAUAGGCAAGGUUGAGUCCGAACUGGGGAAAUGGGACUUUUUAAGCAAACGCCAUGGCACAUUCUAUGAAGGUUACAUGUUCCCUUUGCUUGUCAAGGAGGAACUCGCUUUCUGGCCGGAGCAAAAUCUGCGAAAACGAACUUGGAUGAAUGUGAAAGAAGCAAGGGAUGUGUGCCAACAUUGGUGGAUGAAGGAAGCCUUGGACAUACUGGUUGAAAGGCUGGCCUCCCUGCAGCAACAAAAUAUCUCAAGUUGUUUGUAGAUAGGGCAUUCUUAGCCACUUAUAUUACUUGGCUAAGGUUAAUGUGUGGAGCACGAGUACAUUCGAAUUUUUUGAAAUCUGGUGUGCCCAGAUUUUUGUACUCGUGCUCGAAUUUGUUCAAGAUGUAUUAGUAAUUCAUAUGGAGAAAUCUUAUGAAUUACGAAUUAAGAUCUAAUGUUCAAGUCUUAUCAUGUUGUA